GCUGUGGUAUUUAUAUGAAGCCGCUCACCAGCUUCAAUGACCCAUUGGAAAAAACGUGCCUGUAGGAGCGUACUUAAUCCAUGCUCAUUCGAAGGGUGCCGGAGCUGCCUUCUCCCCCUCCCUUCUUGCCUCUCUGUUCAUAUAACCCAGGCUGCCUCCAGCCAGCCUUUGCCCACUUGCCUCGCUGGUCCCGAGUACACAAAGGGGCAGCGUGUCUCUGAGAAUGAGCACGUCCUUCUCUGGGACUGCGUGGCUCUGCCCGGCUGUCACCGUAGUGCUGGGAGGAAUAGCUCUUUGCCAUCUCAAGAGCCCAGGGCGGGCUGGCAGAAAGGUGGUCUGCCUGGCUGGCCUCUGGGGAGGGGCUUACCUGCUGCUCAGCCUGCCCCUCUCCUGGGGCUUGCUCCUCUGUCUCCUGUCCUGUUUCCUCACGUACGCUUACCUGUCCGGUCAAGAGCUGUUACCUGUGGAUCAAAAGGCGGUGCUCAUCACAGGUGGCGAUUCCGGAUUUGGCCAUGCUCUGUCCAAAUAUCUGGAUGAACUCGGCUUCACAGUAUUUGUGGGAGUUCUGGAUGAAAAGGGAUCAGGAGCAGAGGAAUUGCGCAGAACCUGCUCCAAGCACCUCUCUGUGCUCCAGAUGGACAUCACCGACCCGCAGCAGAUAAAAGACGCCCACAGCAAAGUGGUGGAAAAGGUGCAGAACAGAGGACUGUGGGCUGUGGUCAACAACGCUGGGAUCAUUGGCUUACCAGCCGACGGGGAGCUCAUUCCCAUGACUGAGUACAAAAAAUGCAUGGCUGUGAACUUCUUCGGGGCUGUGGAGGUCACGAAGGCAUUUUUGCCUCUUCUUAGGAAAUCGAAGGGCAGGCUGGUGAACAUCAGCAGCAUGGCAGGAGGGGUCCCAAUGGAAAAGCUGGCAGCCUAUAGCUCAUCCAAGGCAGCUCUGACCAUGUUCUCAGCAGUCCUGAGACAAGAGCUUUCCAAAUGGGGAGUUAAAGUCUCUGUCAUCCAGCCUGGAGGCUUCAGAACGAAUAUCGCAGGCACGAGUGAAAUGUGGAGCAAGCAGGAGAAGGACAUCCUUGACCACCUUACCUCCGAUGUGCAGGAGGACUACGGCCAGGACUAUAUCCUUGAGCAACGGAAUUUUCUUAAACUCAUCAACACGAAGACCAACACAGAUAUGUCCCCUGUGCUCCUGGACAUCCGACAUGCCGUGUCUGCUAAGAGCCCCUUUGCCUUUUAUGCGCCAGGGCCAAUGGCUUAUUCAUUGCUCUGCUUUGUUUCCUUUAGUCCUACUGGCAUAUUUGAUUAUUUUAUCAAAAAAUUGUAUCGCUGUAGAGGGGCCUUGCCCAGAGCGCUUAUUAAGCAGGCCUAACUGAAGAAUAAGCCACAUGGGCAAAUGUGUGGGAAAUGUUAGUUUUGGAACGAAAGGGAAACUUGAACUUCCCAUUAAAGUUGUGGUUUCCUACCUCA